AACAGAGCCCGGAAGAAAGGAAAGGGGUGGAGGCUUAUCACAGUCGGGUGCUAGUGGUGGUCGUGUACCAGGGAGCACGUUCACUAGGCUACUGCGAUGGUUUGUAUUGCAUAGGAAGUUUAAGGACUGCAAAAUUGAAAGCCUGGACAAUCGAGCCUUCUUGUAGGCUGCUUUGUCUCUCUAAGUCUUUUUACAUGUCAGGAUAUUUUUAAACGAUUGUUUGAAGGGGGAAAAAUCCGCUGCUUUUACGUCUCCGUUAUAGUUUGCUUAUCCAAUGCUUUUACAUCCGUUUAUGAAUAGUACACUCGAAGCUAUGCACCCAACGGGAAUCCAGAAAGACACUACGUUCACGAAGAUUUUCGUAGGGGGUUUACCCUACCACACGAACGACGCGUCUUUGAGAAAAUACUUCGAAGCGUAUGGAGAGAUAGACGAGGCUGUGGUCAUAACGGACAGACAGACGGGCAAAUCCAGAGGUUAUGGCUUUGUGACGAUGACUGACAGGUUAGCAGCAGAACGAGCCUGUAAAGACCCAAAUCCCAUCAUUGAUGGUCGGAAGGCCAAUGUCAACCUGGCUUAUCUUGGAGCUAAGCCACGCAGUCUUCAGACAGGCCUAUCCAUUGGUGUGCAGCCAAUUCAUCCAGCACUUAUCCAAAGGCAAUAUGGGUGCAGCAUCUUGAGACCCCCACCUCACCACACCUUCUACAACUCCCUACAUUCUGAGAGGCUGGCACCGCAGUAUGUAUACCCACAAGCCUUUGUACACCCCAGCCUCGUGCUCCCUUCUCAAGUGGCCUCCUCACUCACUUCACCGUAUAUGGACUACACUGCUGCCUAUGCCCAGUACACCUCGGCAUUUGAGCACUAUCCUUAUGCCUCUUCUCCAGGUUUUGUGGGUUAUGGCUACACCAACAGCCACAUCACUGGCCCAGCCUCCAGUACCACUUCGCUCCACCAGACCCUCACCAAUGCACCCACUGCCACCACCCCUGCCUUCAUCCAGUAUCCACCACAGCAGCAUCUGCAACCUGAGCGCAUGCAGUGAGGGCCAGGCAAACCAAGUGAGCUCUGAAGGAGGGGGGGAACCCAUAAGGAUAAAAACUAUUGCACUGUCACCAGAAUUCGCUUCCGGCAGCUGAGUCCAGAGACAGUGAAACUGUGCAGUGGCUUUAAGAGCUUCCAGAAGCACUGAUGCCUUUUUUUUUUUUUUAAUUUCCUUCAACAUUAUUACUGUCAUUGCUAUUCAUAUAAGCUUAAUUGUAUUAAUGUUUCUUUUUGUGCUCACAUAUUAAGAUCAAUCACAGUAAGGUGCCUCAUUGUAUAGAGUGGAGAAAAUGAAGAUGAGGGAAGACUGUACAGUCAUACACUGAACAUGAAGAGGCUUUAGAAGGUUUAAUGGGAUAUUGCUGCUUAAGGAUGCCAGGAAAAGCAUUUGAGAGGAUGGAAAGUCAAAAUUUAAGGGUAUAGAUAGGGCAGGACACAGGCGUGGGAAAUGGAGAUACAACAGAACAUGUGUACCUGCACAGUGACAUCUAAUUGUUGGUACUAAAUCAAGAACAACAUGGAGAACUUCAAGCUACUGCUUAGAAACUCAAACCCCAAGGACUACUACUUUUUUUUUUUUUUUUUUUUUUAAAUGAAGAGGCCUUAAAACUAGAAUCUUACUUUAGAUACAAGACCAUUUUAGCGUUUGUAUAUAGGGUGAACUGUGAAUAAGCCAUCACCUGUUUCCAAACAAAAUAAACCCCAGUCUACAGACCUCAGACUUGUUUAAGUCCAAAGACUUCUAAUAUGGUAUUUUAGAGUAAGGAUGCUAAUUAAGGGUUUUGAUCAGGUUUCUGUCCAUGGUGAUAAAUGUGAUUUUAUGCCAUAAUGCAAAACUGAUUUGGAAACGGGUGUCAGUUCAGGAGAAGCAUUGAAUGUGCCCCUUGUUUGUUUGGAUUCUGGAUGAAUGGAGAAUCAUAUGAUGCAAUAUGCAUUGGAUUUUAAAAUGUAUGGUAGCAGACACUGAUACCUACAGUGCAUCAGUUUAGUAUAACUGUUAAAACUAAUUGUAAAACUUUUUUUUUUGAAUACCCUCUCUGACAGAGGUGUUCAUGUACAGCAUUCACAGUUUAAAAGCAUUUUGCAGUAUUUAUGUUGAUAUUUAAGUGAUCUGUGGUACUAUAAUUUUUUUAAAUGUAUAAAUUGAUCUUUCAGUACACCAGAUAUGCAAAACGUACAAUGUUUCAGGCUUCUGGUUGCCAAAUAUGUACGUAGUUGAUUUAGCGUUCAUGUACUAAUAGUCCAUAUGUGCACCUAAAAAAAAAAAUUUAAGUUGAUUUGAGCCUCAAGCUUGCACCUGGCACAUAAUUGCUCUACGAAGCAUUUGUCACAUUUCACUAUCUGUGAAGAAGCCAUACCAAGAAAAGUCGGGGAGGGGGAAGGAAAAAAAAUAAAGACUUUAUAAAAAAAUA